AUGGCUACUCGAGAAUAUAUCCGAUGGAACUCGCAAGAUGUCGAGAAAAUUCCCGAAUGCGAAGCUGAUGACAUUCAAGCUGUCGUCGAGAUGUUCGACGGGCUGCACCAGGCGAUGUUUCAGGUGAACGGCCACGUCGUAUCCGGAACUCAUGGACGAAGCCAUGGGGUUGUCAAGGGCACAUUCAUCGUCCCAGGCAAUCUACCUAAUCACCUGAAACAGACGGAGCUAUUUGCGCAGGCUGGUGAGUAUCCAGCCGUUUGCCGCUACAGUUCUGCCCUGCCGGACCCGAAUGUGGACGACCGCAUUCCCCAGCCUCGUGGUUUUGCUAUAAAGCUAUUCGGCGUCAAAGGUGAAAUGUUUCACGAGGGGCGCGAAACCCCAACCCAAGACAUUGAAUUUAACAGCACUCCCGUCCUGGAGUUAGCCGACGUAAAGACAGCCAAGGAGAUUAUUGCUCUCAGAUUCAAGCACGGCGUGGAUCUGGUUGGCCUGUACAAAGACCUAGAUGCUCGCGCCGAUGCCGAACUGCACAAGAGCCAGGAUCAGGUGCGCAGUACUCACCUAGAGUCUACUCGUCAAUAUUCCCAGACAGCCUACCGUUUCGGGGACUAUAUAAUGAAGUACUCUCUUGUUCCAUCAUCCGAGAUGCAGCGUGAACUUUAUAAUGAGUCAGUCCAAUCUAGUGACACGCAAGACGUGCUGCACCACUGGCUACGCGGCUUUCACUUGCAUCAUGAGGCAGAGUACGAAUUCCAAGUGCAAUUGUGCGAGGAUCUGGAAGACCAGCCGAUAGAAGAUGCCAGUAAGGAGUGGGAUGCGGAAAAGUACCCAUGGGAAACGGUUGCCAAAUUGGUAAUUUCGAAGCAAGAUAGCUACAACCCCAUUAGGAAGAAAUUCUGGGAGGACUACAUAGUGAUCAACCCAUGGCACGGCCUCGUGAGCCUGCAGCCGCUUGGGGGGUCAAACAGGCUGAGACGAGUCGUGUAUCCUACUAGCAGGGCCAUGAGAAAGAAGCUCAAUCAAUUAGAGCCAGUACACCUCAAGGUUAUUGAGGACUUUCCAGAUGCUUGA